GAAUCUGCGAGAGCAGAUGGAACGGAACUGGAAGGUGCCAACUACCUACUGGAGAGACAGUAAUCUAUUCCGGCCACCUAGAGGACAACCAUGAGCACACCGAGGGAGUGGCCAUCAUGAUGUCACCAACAGCAACCAAAGCUCUCAUGCAGUGGGAACCAAUCUCCUCCAGGAUAAUGACAGCCAGGUUCAACUCAAAAGGAAGGAAAGUUACAGUCAUUCAAUGUUAUGCGCCUACAAACGUCUCAGAACAAGAGAAGAAGGAGGCGUUCUACAGACAACUACAAGCAAUAAUGGACAACGUCCCAAAUGGCGAUAUCAAAAUCCUGAUGGGCGACAUGAAUGCGAAGCUGGGAGGAGACAACACAGGAAGAGAACUCACCAUGGGUCGUGAGGCCCUCGGUGAAAUGAACGACAAUGGUGAACUCUUCUCAGACUUCUGCGCCUUCAAUGAUUUGGUGAUUGGUGGUAGUGUGUUCAAACACAAGGAUAUACACAAGACGACAUGGAUUUCACCAGAUGGAAACACCAAGAAUCAAAUAGACUUCAUCUCAAUUUCAAGAAAGUGGAGACGGAGCCUACUGGACACAAGGUCAAGGAGAGGAGCAGAUGUGGGUUCAGACCACUAUCUAGUAGAAGGGACUUUCAAGGUGAAACUAAAAGCCUCGAGGAUAGCUGGGGAUAGGCCACAAUGCAAGUUCAACACUCAAUUACUGAAGGACACAACCACAAAAGACACCUUCACUGCAACUGUCAGAGCAAAGCAGGAAACACUACGCGACAGCACUGAAGAAUCAUGCGUGGAAGAACAUUGGAAGUCUCUGAAGGCGAUUCUCAACGAAACGUGUUCAACGGUUCUAGGAAGAAAGAAGAGACAAGACAAGGAAUGGCUCUCAACGGACACUUGGAAAUUAAUAGAAGAGAGGAGAAUGGUGAAAGAGAAAAUGAUUCAAUGCAAGGACGGACAGGAGAAGGAGACGAUGAGCUCAACUUACAAAGCAUUGGACAAAGAAGUGAAGAAAAGUGCUAGGAAGGACAAAAGACGAUUCUACGACAAUCUAGCUACUGAAGCUGAAAAGGCAGCAGGCAAAAGGGACCUGAGGACACUAUAUCAGAUAACCAAAUCUCUAUCCGGGAAGAGACCAACACAAGCGAAACCUAUAAAAGACAGCCAAGGGAAGCCCAUUACCAAGGAAGAAAAACAGAUUAAACAAUGGGCGGAUCACUUCAAAGGACUCUUGAACCGACCACCACCUGCAACCCGUCCAGAAAUACCAACAACAGCGCACACACAACUGCAAGUUGACACCAAUCCUCCAACGAGAGCUGAAGUCUUGAACGCAAUCAAACUUCUGAAAGCUGGAAAAACAGCCGGACCAGAUGGAAUACCCCCUGAAGCACUGAAAGCAGACCCAGAGACGACAGCAGACAUGCUGACUCCAUUAUUGCAAAAGGUCUGGAAGGAGGGAAAGGUGCCUACUGACUGGAGGAAAGGUUACCUCGUGAAACUACCAAAGAAGGGCGACUUAGGACUCUGCAAGAACUGGCGAGGAAUCAUGCUCCUAUCGACGCCAAGUAAAAUCCUGAGUCGCAUCAUCCUGGAGAGAUUAAAGGACGCACUGGAGACAGAACUCCGACCAGAACAAGCUGGAUUCAGGAAAGGCAAAUCAUGUACUGACCAAAUUGCAACUCUACGCAUCAUCAUCGAACAAAGCAUGGAAUGGCAAUCAAACCUCUACCUCAACUUUAUAGACUUUGAGAAGGCCUUCGACAGCGUUGAUCGUGAAGUAAUUUGGAAAUUACUCGAGUACUAUGGCGUACCCCAAAUAUUCAUCAACCUUAUUCAACAGCUGUACGACAACGGCACCUGCCAAGUGAUCCACAACGGAAGACUCAGCGAGGCGUUUGGAGUAAACACAGGAGUCAGACAAGGGUGCUUACUAUCACCAAUGAUAUUCCUAAUUGUGGUGGACUGGAUUAUGCGUCAGACUGUGGGAAACGAGAAGACAGGAAUAUCCUGGACCGACGUGAAGAACCUAGAAGACCUGGAUUUCGCGCGUGGAUGAUUUAUGUUUGAUGUCACACACAAUCGAAGACUUACAAGCGAAAACCGACAAACUGGUCGAAGAAGCAGCAAAGACAGGACUCCAGGUAAACAUAGACAAGACGGAGGUUAUGAAAAUAACCAACCAACAACAGCAACAACAUCCAACGUCAAUCACCAUCAACGGGAGGGAUUUGAAAGAGGUUACUUCAUUCACUUAUCUAGGGAGCAUUGUCUCAACUACAGGAGGAGCGGACGAGGAUGUCAAAUCGAGAAUCGGGAAGGCGAGAAACACAUUCAUCAGCCUGAAAUCAAUCUGGAAAUCUUCGUCACUCAGCAUCAACAACAAAAUUCGGAUUUUCAAUACAAACGUAAAGUCAGUUCUUCUAUACGGAUCAGAAACUUGGCGGGUCACAAAGAAUAUUUCCAAAAGGCUGCAGACCUUUAUUAACAACUGUCUUCGCUCAAUACUGAAGAUCAGAUGGCCGGAAAGAAUCACCAACAAGGAAUUAUGGGAACAAACAAAGCAAGAACCAAUCGCCCAACAAAUAUGCAGGAGAAAGUGGAGAUGGAUCGGACACUCGCUGAGGAGACCGCUGGGUGACAUCGCGCGUCAGGCCCUCGAGUGGAACCCGAAAGGGAAG